AUGAAAACAGAUCGGCCGUGGCUCGGGCCUCUUCUCAGUAUCUGUGGUAAUGUAGUCGUCUCUCUCUCCCUCAAUGUACAAAGACUGGCGCAUAAGAAGCUGGACACCGCAGCUGGGCUGGGAAGUCAGGAUAGUCGGGAUCCGGAUGGCGCGUCAGAGAAGGGAUCUUCGUAUCUCCGCAGUGGAUGGUGGUGGGCCGGUAUGAUACUCAUGGUUAUUGGAGAAACGGGCAACUUCUUGGCGUAUGCAUUCGCACCGGCUUCCAUUGUCGCGCCACUCGGCACAACGGCCCUCAUUGCGAAUGUGUUCCUUGCACCUCUUUUGCUCAAGGAGCGCUUUCGACGGAUUGAUCUCUUAGGCGUCGCUAUCGCCAUUGGUGGUGCCGUUACAGUCGUCUCUUCAGUACCGCCCGACCAGCCUGAGCUCAAGCCAAAGCAGAUCUGGAAGGCUGUCGGGCAGCUGCCAUUCCAAAUCUACCUCGUCAUCUCAGUUUGCCUCAUGCUUGUCCUUGCACGACUAUCCAGGACCCGGGGCGAGCAAAAUAUCUUGAUUGAUCUUGGCCUUGUUGCCCUCCUUGGUGGGUUCACUGCGCUCUCUACAAAAGGUGUCAGCUCGCUGCUGUCCAUCUUGCUGGUCAACGCAUUCAAGUAUCCCAUCUUUUACAUCAUGGCGGCCGUCUUGAUUGCUACAGCCGUACUUCAAGUGACAUACCUCAACCGGGCCCUCGCACGCUUCGAUUCUACACAAGUCAUUCCCACUCAAUUCGUCCUCUUUACAAUAUCGACAAUUCUGGGAUCCGCCAUCUUGUAUCAGGAUUUUGCUCGUAUGUCUACCAAGACCAUCGCUACACUCAUCGGUGGCUGUCUGCUCACCUUUCUCGGCGUUUGGCUCAUCUCAUCUGGUCGAAGCGUACCCAGUAGCCGUGACGCAGAAGCUUCAACACCAGAACCCAUCUCAGAACCGGAGCCCACCACAAAAGUACAACAACUGAGACGCACCAUCUCUGCAUUGACAGAAUCGACACCGUUGCUGGCAACGAAGCGUUCAUCUUCUUACAUGCCUCAACAUCACGGUACACCGACUGGUGGCCCUCUUCUCUCUUACUUUAUCGCGAAACGCGACGAGGAACGCAGGAAGCAGAGCUUCAGUCAAGCACAACGGCCCAGGCUUCGUCCAUCAACGAGUUAA